AUGGACUCUGAGUCUACUUUCGAUUUUCUUAUCAGAGAGCCUUCGUCAGAAAUUGAUUCAACACUACUAUCGCUGAAUUCUGAUAUUUCGGAUACGAUGUUUAACAUGAGUGACGCCCUAUCGGCUCUUCCAUCUGAACUUCAAAUUUUGGAGUCGGAAAACGAUGCGCAGGCAUGCAAGCGUAAAUCGGAAGACAUAUCCUACUCCUACGCAACACCUCUGACAAUCGAAUUAAAGGCCUCAACAUCCCCGGCCACCCUAUUAUCUGAAGAUUCGCUUACUUAUCUCAAUCAGGAUCAACCAUACACUAUCGAAAUCAGUGACGCUUAUGGCGAGAAACCGUGUCUUAUCAAGAGCGUCGUUAGGAUCUGCUUCUACCAGGAGCGUCUCCAAGUCAACGAAGCUAGACAUCUCGCCUUUUGGCAGACCCAUCACCAGGGCGAGCGGAUGCUUGAUCUUGAUGUGGAUGGUUGUUUCAACUUUCAAGAGGUCUACGCCGAUCCGGAUAACCUCAAUGCCGUGGUUUGCGUCUGGCACUCUUCUGCCCCCUGUAGGCUCUCUUUUAAGGCUCACUGCGUAAGCACCGAGUUCACCGCUAAGAAGCACGGUGGUGAAAAAGGUGUGCCUUUUCGCAUUCAAGUGGAUUCCUUUCGUGAGUGUGACAAUUUUCACAUCUACUCAGCGGCUUGUCAGGUGAAAGUCUUCAAACCAAAGGGUGCCGAUCGGAAGAAUCGGACAGAUCGGGAAAAAAUCGAUAAGCGAACCAAAAUCGAAAGGCAGCAGUACCGUUCUGCGGCACCGACUACGUUUCUGGAGGAGGUGGCUUACUGUCCAAUGAGCCGCCUAGCCCUCAACGAUCCAGCUCCCUCAGCCACCACUGAGCACUCAGUGCUGGCUGCUCUUGAGGACUUUCUCUCCUCGGGCACCCAGCGUCAACAACCACCACCACUUCAACCCCCACCAUUAUCGACGUUGCAACAGGGGGUGGCAACGGUGGAUGCGACUUCUGUAAACCCCCUAUGUUCCUCUCUCCUUAUGCAGUGCAAGCGCUCCGCUCAAGACGGCGGGGGACUCGAUGCUAGUCUAUGCGAGACUAAUCCGAUGGGACGAAAGACCACCCGACACGCAGCUGCUUCUGUCCCUUUCCUCCCUCCGCCAGUGAAAAAUGGACGUCUUUUUGGUCAAGAUGCUAGUAGAGACUGCUUCAGGAACAGUCCAGUAGCGGUCCCAGAGGUCAGUGUGGACGCAUUACCCCUUUCACAGUGUGAGAUCAGUGAGCACGUCCCUGCAUCAUCUUUUCAACCGAUCGUCGCCUUCCCAACACCCACCACCGCCACCAGCGCAAAUGCUUCCAGAGACGUUUUCAAGCACCCACAGAUCCAAUCCCCCUUCUCCUCGGUCUCCUCUCAGAAGCGAAGCACCACGCCUGGUGAUGAGGUGCCGUGUCCUGGCACCUGCUCUUGCUGUGGAAGGGCUUGCUCUGCUGCUACCACCUCUACGGGUCUCAAUUCCGAAGUUUCGCUCGAGUGGAGCGUCAAGAGACUGCGCAGGAAACGCCAAUCCAUGAUGAAUCUGAGGCACACGCAGAGAUUUUCAUGCGCCACUCCGGCUAGGCAAAGGCAGACAAUGAUUCCGUGUGUACCCUUCACAACCUCGGACUACUCCAGUUACACCCUAGAUGAUGACAAUGAGACAGCUGUGGCGCAGCGUCGACCCUCUACUUCCAGCGAGACCAGUCAACCGAUCCCCUCAGACAAGUCCUCAAAGCCUCCCUCGCAGACCAAAAGCGAGGCGGAGGCGGAGGAGGACGAAGAGGAGGAGGAGGAGGCGGUGGUGGUGGUGGCGGGAGAGGAGGAUGUGGGCGAAGAUGGUGACGAUGAGAGCGAGGGAGGCACUGCUAACUCGCACUCACCACCAGUGCUACCCUCCGAACUCUCCUCCUCUGUCCCCGCCAUCGUUACCACCGCUGCCGCUGCCAUCACCCCAUCGAUGGGUCUGCGGACGCCGCGUACCUCUGUCAUGAGCUCCACUCGCCGCGUCCGCGCCUCCUUUCGAGCCGACAUGUCGCGUGCCGCUGUCUCUAAUUGGCUCCGAGCCUCUGGCUUUGGCAGUCUCAGGUCCAAAUUCGCCAAAUUCACCGGUGCCGAUAUGCUUCGAUUAAAUCGCCGUGAUCUCGUUCUACUUUGUGGUACCAUAGAAGGGAUUCGCCUCUCUAAUGCAAUAUUACAAAAACCUCCGCGAGCUACUUGCACAAUUUUUGUUCGGAAAGAUUCUGAAUUAGUCUUUCAAGCUAUUUACCUGUACCAACAAACUGAAGCGGAGCUUCGUAUUCGUCUAACCUCAUAUCUCAAGUUGACAAACACCCCUCAGAACAUUGUGGUUGUUUUGAAGAAAUCUCCUAACUUCGAUGUUGCUGUUAACGAUGAAGUGACUCUUAUCUUUGUUCACACCACUCUAGUGGUCGCGUAUUUUGAAGAUCAGAGCUGUUUCUCCGUCUGCGUCUCUGGAUUGAAUGCCGAGGAGGUCACUAUCUCUAUGCAGAAAUUGUGA